AUGGAAGACGGCGGCAAAUCGGCGGCGAUGGCGCAGCAGCAAUUGAUACAGCAACAGCUGAUGUUGCAACAGAUCCAGAGGCAGAAAGACGCGAUGUCCCGCUUCCCCUCCAACAUCGAUGCCCAUCUCCGCCCACAGCUUCACCAUCCUCCUAUCCUUCACCACCGCCCUCUAAACCCUAAUUCAAUCAUUCCUAAUCCUAACAACAACCCUAAUAAUCCUGCUCCGAAUAAUCCUCCACCACCACCACAACAGCAGCAGCAGCAGCAGCACCACAAGGCCUCUCUUCAGCUGGCUUAUCAGGACGCCUGGCGGGUUUGUCAUCCCGAUUUCAAGCGCCCGUUCUCUUCCCUCGAAGAUGCCUGCGAGAGGCUAUUACCAUACCAUGUGGUGGCGGACUAUGAAGCAGAGGAAGAUGACAAGAUUCUUGAUUCAGCCAACAACACCACUGCAGCUGCAGGUGGCCAAAUUCUUUCACGCUCUCAACAGUGGGACCAUAACAUUGCUGCGAAAGUUGCAGAGUUCACGGCCACAUUCGAGAAGCAAGUCCUUGCAUUCAACAUCAUUUCCCGUAAGCGAGGUGUUGGGGAGUUCCGGACAGAGGAGAAGUUGAUGAUGGAGCAAUUUCUGUUGCAGGAAGAAAAGAGAUCCCUCCUUGAGUUGAGGGAAUCUAGGCAAAAGGCUAGUCGAGAAAGUCAUGAAGCAAAUAUGCGCAUGGCGGCCAUGGCUCAUGCAGAAUCGCAAGCUCAUGCUGAGAUGAUGGCACGGGCUCCAAUAAGAGGCAGUGCGCUUGGUAAUGAUACUGAGGUCAUGGGUGGUGAGGAUGACGUCAUCAAUGGAUGGGGGGGAAGCAGCAGCAAUAAUAAUAAUAUGCAGCACAAAGGUGGGGAUGAUAAAGAGCCAUCUGACGACUUUUUGAAUGACGAUGAAACAGAGAAUGGAGAUGGAGCAAUCCAAGGUGAAUGGCCUGGAGAAGGUGAAUUGGAUCUCAAUGCAAGAUGA